UUCCUCAUACCAACUUCCUCCCUACUCUCAACACUUCAGAGUGUACAAUUCUUUACCUGACACUCUCAAAUCAAAAUGUCUAACACUGUCUCCUUUUUCUCCGCCUCUUUGCUAAUCCUACUUGCUUUGUUUUAUUCCACCUCAGCCCAGUUAUCUCCGGUUAAAGCUCCCACCGCAGCUCCUCCUACGACCUCGACAGCUCCUCCUGUGGCCUCAACAUCGCCACCUCCCACUUCUCUGCCCGCCAAAUCUCCGGCUGCCGCCACAGCGCCUGCCCCGGGGUUUAGCUCUGUUCCUCUGGUCCCAGUAACACCCAGCGCAGCCCCUGGGCCGGCCGCAGCUGUGGUCCCUAAAGCUCCCUCCACUGAUGUCGUCCAAAUACUCAGCAAGGCCAAGAGAUUCACCGUCCUCAUCCGCCUCCUCAAGACCACCCAGUUAAUCAACCAGCUCAAUUCUCAGCUGGCCACCUCCGGCUCCGGCGGGCUGACCAUUUUCGCCCCCGACGAUGCCGCCUUCUCCAAACUAAAAGCAGGCUUGCUUAACUCUCUCAAUGACAGGCAAAAGGUGGAGCUUUUACAGUUCCAUACCAUAUCCACCUACAUUUCUAUCUCCAACUUCGAUACCCUCACCAACCCCGUUCAGACUCAGGCCGGCGACGACCCCAAGAGACUUCAACUUAACGUCACCACGUACGGAGGCAGCCAGGUCAGCAUGACCACCGGAGCCGUCAACGCCUCCGUUACGGGAACCGUGUAUACAGACAGCAAACUCGCUAUAUAUCAGGUGGACAAGGUGCUUCUUCCGCUUGACAUCGUGCUUCCUAAGGCUAAGGCACCGGCACCGGGCCCAGCUGCCGCCAAAGGAGAUUCGCCAAAAGCUGAUAAAACUAAGGCAGCCGGAGGGGAUCAGAGUGAUGGCGGUGAUGACAGUGAGACGAACGGCAAAGCCGUUCCGGCGGGCAGUUCCAUGGGUUUGAAGGUAGAGGUAAUGUGGGUACGUCUUGCACUUGGAGUUGCAUUUGUGGCGGGAGCCAUGAUCAUGUGAUGAUGACAAGGUGGUGAAGGUUGAAGGAGGAGGUCGUCCAUUAUUUUUGUUGCCAUGUUUACUUCUCUGCAGAGUUUAAUUCUCCAUGAAAUCUCUCAGUGAUUUCUUAUCGUAAUCGUCGUGUUUCCCAGUCUGUUUCCUUUCCUUUACUUUUUUGGCUGCGGAUCAGUGUGCUCUGUUUGUAUAGCAUAGAGAUUGUCAUUAUUUAUUAGGGACGAAGACGACUAUCUUUGUUUGUGUGUUUGUUGGUGCUUUGUAAUUAUUUUAAGAUAUUCAUUUUAUGUGUUCUUUGUUGUCCGAAUAUAUCUACAUUUUUAACUUUCUUGCUCUUUAAA